CGGCCACCAAGCUAAAGCGGAAGUUUCGCGCUAGCACAUCCGUUCCUGCGCAGUGAGUACUGAACCGUCGACAUGGCGUUGGCUAAGUCUGUCUACAAUCUUCUCUUCAGGAGGACAUCUACGUUCGCUGUAACCAUCAUGGUUGGAGCUGUCCUCUUUGAACGAGUAUUUGACCAAGGUGGAGAUGCGAUCUUUGAGCAAAUGAAUCGCGGGAAACUGUGGAAACAUAUUAAGCACAACUAUGAAAACAAAGAAGAAUAAUGGGACACUGGCUGGGGUUCUAUAAGGCUCGAUGGCAUAUGUUGUCACAUUUCCAUUAUCCAUUCUUCAUGGGCUCCACACCUGAAUCAAUUCAACAUGGACAAUGUGCUCAAAGUCAUGCCCAGGCUAUCGGCGGCUGCCAAGGGACCUACGAGAGCCGACAGACGGUCCAGACCCCGUGAAGAUGGAGCAGUGGUUCCUGUCGCUUCGUCUCCUUCCUUGAUGUUAAUUGUAACGCCUUUGUUUUCCUCACUGAUUGUAAAUUGUUAAAUUAAACAUGUAUUUGUCUAACAUA